AUCGAAAUGAAACAAACAGUUCUCUAUCUGCCAUCUCCUUUGCCAUAGCCGUGAUUCUCUCUCUGCGGCUGAAAAUUUUGAAAGUGUUGGGAAUGUGUGAUUACGCAAUUCUUGUUGGAUAGGAGAAACAAAUUUCUGAAUUAAGUUCACAGUUUCCGAUUUCUUGUACCAAUUUCGCGGCAGCGGAAACAGCCAUUUCACUAAUCGCAUUUCUGGAAAGCAGAAAUUAAGCUAUGCCCGAAGAAUAGGAAAGAUCGUAUCUGCAAUUGCCACACUUUUCAGCGAGACUUUUUUCAUUGCUUCAAUUCUCCAACUAUACGGUAGAGGAGGUUCCAUGAUCUACUUGUUAGAUAGUUCAAGUGCUCUAUCAAUUGAGAUUAAGUGAUAAGUAAGCUUUUGCGUGGAAGAAUGCACGGAGUUCGUCAAACAUUAAAUCAGAUGUCCAGGAAGUUUCAUAAACUGGCUCGUGAAGGUCCAAGUGAUACCUUGAAGAGGAAAGUUGCCGAAUUAGAGAAGAAGAGAAAGAGAAGAAAUCCCCAUAAAGGUGACUUGUAUGUGGAUGUUCCUGAAUCAAAAUCCUGGCUUGAUACAGCAACCAUGCCAUUGAUACUCACUGCUGUAGGAACUGCCCUAUUUGCGAAGAUCCUGAUGCUGCUGGAUGAGGCAAAUGCCCAGGAACGACUUGAGAAAAAGAUUAAAGAGGCCCCUGAGGGCCAGGGAACUGUUAGGAUGCUCACUCGAGAGGAGUGGGAGAAAAUGCGAGAAAUUCGGCCAAGGACUCCAUUUGAAUCUACAAUAGCUCGUCCAAAUGCAAAAAUACGGACUGGAGAACCUCUGCGCACGGUAAACCAAGCUCGUUCUUGUUAUCUUUUUGUCAUCUAUGUUUUUAAUCAACUGCAAAAUUCACAGUUUUUACACUUCACGCAAGUAAUUUCCUGGAAAAAAAGGUCCUGCAAGAGUUCUCGUAGUUUUGCACCUAACUUGGCACUCUGUUGCCUUGUUGAACAGUGGGACCUGAGCAUCACCAUUGAUAUUAAGACCUUUUGUAGCUAAGAAACCACUUAGAUAAUCUAUCCCCACAAGCUUUUGAAUCUUUUUUGUCACUGUUUGUGUCGAUGAAAGAGGAGAGGAUUGCUAUAAUUGAUAUACAUGAUCUGUCUUGGGACAUGGGUCUAUCAAGCAUUUUUGAGACUUGGAUGCUUUCAGUGUUGGAUCAUUAACUCUCAUUUGUGUUCAGAAUGUAGUCUCAUUAUUGCUGAAUCCAAAAAAAUAAAUCUGAUAAACUCAAACAAGAACCUUCUGACAACAUAAAUCAUGGUUUUGGUCAAAUAUGGAUAUGUUUUGAUCAACUACUGUUUUUGAAUGCAUACUGAUUGCUCCAAGAAAAUAAGAUAUCCUUAGCUACUCUUCUUGUAUGCUUGUGUACCUGAACUUUUUGCAUCAUUUCUUUCUAUGCUCCUAGACUCAACUAACUCACAUUAUACUAUAUUGGUGAUAGAGGUAUUUCAAUUGGUUGAUGGCGUGAUUGCGAUUUUGCAGGAAGAUUUAAAGGACUGGAGUGUAGAUGUGUUCACGAAUGCACUCACACGCGCUGAGGAAACUGCUAAACGCGGAUCAAUUUAGGUGUGUGGUGUGUAGUAAGUAUUCUUUAUCACAAAUUGCUGAGAAACUGAUGGCUGCACUCUCCAAGGGCCAGAUUUGUUGGUAGCAAUUCUUGGCUAGCAUAAUAAGCUCAUUAUCUUGGACAUGGAAAGCUCUAUGCACACAUGCUGGUAAUGCACUGAGAUAUGCUCCAACAAUGAGCAUUACUGAUAAUCUUUCUUUUACUCUUUAGAGAGAGAGAGAGAGGCAAUAGCAUGAAAGCCUGAAUUUUAUUGGUAAUCCAAUAAAUGAUUCUUGCAACUCUUCAAUACCUCUAAUCUAUUGUGCUUGGAAUGUGUGCCUUCUGAUUUCAA